AUGUCACGAUCCCGUAGCGGGUGCCUGACUUGCAAACGGCGCCAUUGCAAGUGCGACGAGACCAAACCCGAGUGUCUGCAAUGUCUCGGUCAGGGUAUCAAAUGUGCAGGCUACAAUGUCGUAUUGCGUUGGGAUGCCGGCAUCGCUUCACGGCGCCGGUAUACAGGAGCGCUGGAACCGUCAGAAACGCUCCAUAUCGAGCCUACAGAGACGACAAGGCCGAGGAGGCGCACGUCCAGAAAGCCAUCUAGUGGAAUAGUUUCGUCAUUCGAAUUGGCAAUCCCACCAGAACGAAAUUUCAUAGGAAACACAAAUGUCCCCUCAAAGCCGUUUCCAGUGGUUCGCUCUCCAGGUCCUGAGAUGCCCAGUACAUUGAACGAGGCCUUCCAGACGUCCCUGCAAUCCCCCGUGUCCUCACUAGAGGGAUUUUCAUGGGCGGGCUGGACAGAGCAGGAUCGAGAUCUUUACGAAAGAUUUGAUCAAAGCACCAUCUUUCAUCUAUAUUCAACUCAUCGAGAUGACUGGUUCCGAACAAGCCUUCGCCGCCUUGCGAGUGAUUCGGAAGCCCUUUGCUCUAUUCUCAUAGCCACCCAUCUCUAUGUGUCAAGCCCAGACAAUCCUUCAUCACUGUUCGAGGAGUACUACGUUCGCGGGCUACAUUUAUUCCGUAAACAGCUUGAGAAUCACGACGGCAGCAUCAACGUUGGAGUGAUGUACGCCGGGCUGUUCAUUUGCACGCUUAAUCUUUUCCAAGGCACACCGUGGUCGGUUCAUUUGGAACUAAUGAUGACCGUCUAUGGCCUAGGAGGGAGUUUGCACGCGUCUGCAGUCCUAGACAAUCCUGAGACCCACUUUCCCCUUGAACUCAUGGCAGUGAUGGACAUACCGACGUUCGUACGUGGCCGUUCCACCACGACACUAUGCCUGUGGCAGAGAUUGAGACAGGGCAAGAGAUCCAACAAUACGGAGCAGGAUGAUGGGAUUGAAGGAGUUACUAGUUUGCCUAGGUCACUUCUCGAUAUCUUCUCGUCUAUUCAGACUGAAGCUUCAGAAAGUGCCUUCAUUUCAUGGCCAGGAGAGGUUGGAGAAAUACCUCAAAUCCAUUUAUGGGAAGCUUAUCGCUUUGCGGGGAUCCUCACUGGUCGGCGACUGAGGAAAGACCCAUGUCUUUCAUCGCUAGCUCUAUCCACGGAGGUCAUCGUCGGUCGCCUUGUGGCAGCCAUUGAUGCCCUCUGCGACACGCGGAACCGACCCGAGUAUAGCCACUUGCUCACAUCUAACUCGCUCCUAUAUCCAUAUGUCGCGGCACGGCUAGAAGUUGCCAUCUUGCGACAUCGGCCCUCCUGGAUGGAGUCGCUGCGCCGAGCUUGCGGUAUUUGUCAACCCUACGGCAAAACCGCGAACGCAGAUAACAUUGCACGCAUGCUGGAUGAGGCUUGGGAGGUGGACGACGAUGAUUACGACAUUGAUGAGCAAGCCAGACGGAGAAAUGUGGAGAUUGCACUUUUUUGA